UCAUAGGGCCCAUGACAUGUCUCCUCGAUAGACCCCAAGAAGUGAUUUUCUUCUUUCUCUUCUGCACUAUCCCCAUUCUUUCACCACCUGAAUUCCCCCUUUUUUCGCUGCCAUUCCUUGCCAGAAAAGCACACAGAACAAUUCCCAUCCAAUUAUCAUGUCAGGAGACAGAAGAAACGAUUCCGCAGAAGGGUCGACAUCACGAUCGGCAGCAACCACCUCCACCGGCAACCAUCAGCACCAGCAACAGGCAGCGCCUUUGAGCCGGUAUGAGUCUCAGAAACGGCGAGACUGGAACACUUUUGGGCAGUACUUGAGGAAUCAAGCACCCCCAGUUUCUCUCUCUCAGUGCAACUUCAACCAUGUCUUGGACUUCCUUAGGUACCUCGACCAGUUCGGAAAGACCAAGGUUCAUUUACAUAGUUGCGCCUUCUUUGGCCAGCCUGAACCGCCUGCUCAUUGCACAUGUCCUCUCAGACAAGCUUGGGGGAGCUUGGACGCACUAAUCGGACGGCUCAGAGCUGCAUAUGAGGAGCAUGGAGGCUCACCGGAGACGAACCCUUUUGGGAACGGAGCUAUUCGGGUGUAUUUGCGUGAAAUUAAGGAGUGUCAGGCUAAGGCAAGAGGUAUUCCCUAUAAGAAGAAAAAGAAGAAAAGGAAUCAAAUUAAGGCCACCGACGAGACAAAGGCUUCGAAGCAAGCUGCUUAGUUUCCUUGGCUCAGAUCUUCGGAUUAAUGGGUCAAACAACAGGUCGAUCGACAGAUGAAAAUGGGAAGUAGGCGGGUUACAGAAAAACAAAUAUUUAUAAGAUCGAGAUUCAGCUGCGGGACAUGAUGAUCGAUGAUCAUGAUGAUUAAUUCUCUCAUUUGAAAAGAGUUAAUGUAUGUAAUUAAGAGUCUAAUUCUGAAUAAUCUUGCGAAAGCAAGGCUAUAGCUAGCUAGUCUCAGAGCGCAUAUAAUAUGCAGCCCGUAUUUUAAAUA